AUGGAACGUGAUCAGUAUAAUCCAGUUAUGCAGAGCGAGAUUGUACACGCCGACGGUAGUGAUGCUCACAAAGCAGCCGGAGUUCAGACGGCUUCAGAGUUGGACCCGGAAGGUUUUGGGGGUAAAAAUAUGCAUGAUGAGCUCGUGGGCCCCAAGAAAGGCGGAGUGAUAAUUAACAGACCUGGGAUCACCCCAUUCGUAAUUUAUGGCUUCAUCUUGCUGUCGAUAUUCUUUGGAAGUUUGGGUUUCUGGAUUCAGGGACGGAGGAAACCAAUUUUCUUCUCGCUCAAGAAUACAAAAUGGAUGUUUGCGAACCCAAAAACAAAUACCAUUUUGUGGACUGCCAUUGCGUCGAUAGUUGCAUGGCUCACGGUAUGGGUAUACGCAUGUACCAUCAGUUUGAUGGCCCGGAAACUCAUCGUUAAGGGAGCCAAGAUCUCCACUAUUGAAAGUUGGGUGAAAUUAUCAAACCAGGGUACAAUGUUCGAUAAGCGCCGCCCUUGGUUAUCACUGUAUACCGUACUUUCGGCCCUGGUGACAGCUGCCCUAACAGUGGGUUUUGCGGGUCUGUUGACCCCGGUAUCGCUGAUCAAGACGAACCCGCUAUCUGGGACAGAACUUGAUAUGACGAAGUCAACCUUUUGGGACUGGUAUUUCGAUACUACAAACAGGACUGUUGUAGGCUGUACCUGGUGGCCGUAUACAAAUAAUCAGACGGGUGAGAGCUAUAUGUUUUCGACGUGUCCUUAUAGGGAUGAUACUUCUAUGGCUCUUCAAGCUGGACGUGCAGCUGUGGAGCAGGGUCUUGGCCUAAAAUCCAUUACAAAGAUCGGAGAUGUAAAUUUCAACGGAACAACAGGUGGAACGCUUCCUGUCGGAAGAAAUGGGUUCAGGGCUUUUGAUGACAUCGAUUACUUCCUGGAUGAAAAGCCAUUUCCACCUACUUACAACUACUCCAUGCUACUCCAAGGAUCCACUGUGGAUGUUACCUGCGAACAGAACGAUACGUCGCCGAUAUCUCAAGUCAUAAUAAAUACCAUACCGACAAAGAUCACCUCGGGCCCAGAAAUCGGCCCAAAUAGUAUUCGUAAUUACACACAUACCAGAUAUGAUUUCAACCAUACUUAUAGUUAUGGCAGGUGUCAAUACGACUACAACUUCGAACUCAUGGUCCCAGCUGCCGGAAACGUCAUGACUAUUAUGUGUCCCAGUUUACAGAAUAUCACUUGCCGAGUCGAACCCCGUGUUACAAUCAAUAACGUAACGUACUCCAGUGUCACUAAUGACUUCACGUCUCGCAUUGUCGAAACAAUGGAUACACCCAACAUGUCACCUACCGAUGGGGAAGCCCUCGACGCCAUCUUCCAAGUAUUCUGGUACGGCAUUUCUAUCGGCGGAAACAUGAUUGCAGACAGUAUUCUCUCGCUCCGCCACCAAACGGGUGAUGACAAGAGGCAGACUAUGGGGAAAAGCCUCGAGAACCUCAUUAAAGGUUUCUACGAGAUAGAAGUCACUUCUCUGCGGUUGUACUACUCAGCGAGUCAUGCUCCAGGACAGAGAGAUAUCACCGGAAGUCUAUCGCAUUACCGUAUGGGCUACAACGGCGCGAUUGUAGCGCUGUAUGCACUUGUGCCCUUGAUCUGUGUGGUAAUCAUGGCUUUCACGUACCUGUGGUAUGGGUUGCGUGUGGGUGGCGAGUUAUACGAAUUCAACCCAACCAGCACUACCAGUCUGCUGGUUGCUAGUAGUCAGGGUGGUCUUGAUCUGGGUGGCCGAACGACUCCCCAGGCUGACAAGUAUCCGGAUGAGGUCAGUGUGCAGAACGUCAAGAUCAAGUUUGCAGAGCUUCCUCAUGGAGCUCUUGGUUUGACUCUUGACGAUAAGUACGUUCCUCCGCCUAUGAAAUCCCCGUCGCCUGGGGGACCGCGGGCGAGGAUACGGGCUAUGACAAGUCGUGUAUAG